AAAAUAACAAACUUUCUUCCACCCACCAUCAGUGUUUGUUAACAACUGGCAUGCCCCCUAGUCAGAUUCCAUUAACCACUUCUUCUUCUUCAUCAGAUCAAUUAUUCAUCACUGAUCCACCACUUAUCAUUCCAACAACAACUCCUUUCAAUAACUCCAUCUUCUCAUCAACAACUACUUCUUCUUGUUCUUCUUCAACGCUUCAGCUGAGUUCUACUGGCUUCAACAAUGUUAUUCUUUCUUCUAAUCCAUCUUCAUCAUCGCCUCAUAUGUCUGCAACUGCUUUGUUGCAGAAAGCAGCUCAAAUGGGUGCAACUGCAAGUAACAACAGCAUGAAUUAUUCACCCAUGAUGCAGAAAAGCUUCUCCAUGGGAACAACCACCAUGGCUGGAGUUAGUGCUGGCCAUGAUGCUGCAUUUACAAACCAAUUGUUUCAGAAAGAAAUCGUCUCACAACUGUUUGAUGCAAACACUACUACUAAUAGUAGUAGUAAUAAUGAUAUGGGAAUGUAUGGUCAAAUGUUCAUGGGAACAAUCACUACUGAGCACAGUAAUAAUAAUAAUAAUAAUGGGUUGAUGAAGAUUAGUAGUGAUGUGGAACAAGAGAUUAGUGAUGAUGAUAAUAAUAAUAACAAUACGAUAAUGGUGGAGGCAUCAAGGUUUGGAGGAGGGAGUGGAAGGGAUGAUGAUAUUGCAACUGUUCAUGAUUUCUUGGGAAUUGGUGGAGCUUCAAUGGCUUCAACAGCAACAGUGAGUUUGCAUGAAUCAGAGCAACAGCAAAGAUUAGUAGCAGUAGAGACAUUGAAUCAGCAGAGGUUGCAGAUUAUGAACCACUUUCAUCACCAUAUUCCUCAUCAUGCUGCAGAUUCAGCUAUUGACAAAACUAUGUGGGAUGUUUGAGACUGAUUAUGUUAGCUUCCACACAAAAAGUUUCUUCCUUUCUUAACUUUUUUGUUUCCAAAAAAUAUAGAUAUAUAUAUAAAA